GCGAUAUUUGUCACGACUCCGUGAUUUGGCCAACAGCUGAUUUUUAGAAAGCAAAGAGCUGGGAGGAUACACAAUUUUAAGAAGAAUAAACAUAUUUUGCUGUUGUACAAAUCUAUUUAUUUAAAAAAAAAAUGGCCGAAACAGACCCGAAAUCGGUUCAGGAUCUCACAGCAGUGGUGCAGACAUUGCUGCAGCAGAUGCAGGACAAGUUCCAGACAAUGUCAGACCAGAUCAUCGGGAGAAUUGAUGAAAUGAGCACCCGCAUCGAUGAUCUAGAGAAGAACAUAGCAGACCUGAUGACUCAGGCAGGAGUGGAAGAGAAUGAAGGAGAGAACAAGGUCAAAGAGGGAGGAGAGGCCUCCUAGUAGAGGAUGCUGAGAAGACACUAUACACACUAUUCAGGAGCAGCAAGAUUUUCUCUAUGGUGACUAACAUAUUUUGGUUUGAUGUGAUGCUUUUU